UUAACACUAGCGCCUAACCAAGAAUUUUGAAAGUGUUUGAGGUUAGGUUUGCAAAUUUUCCAAAAAUGAGUGAAAAUAAUGCCGAUUUUUUAAACAAUUAUUGGAAAACAGUUAACAGUGGAACGGGGAAUCCAAGUGCGUCAGUUCAAAGAAAAUGUAUGGCGCAAAUUUACAACCAUUCAUUACCGACAUUGGAUACAGCAACUAUUUGUCACGUAUUGGAAAAACGUUUGCACAAAUAUAGUGACCUUGUCGAUAACGACAAUAAAAAUAGUGAUCGAAUUAAGAAAGUAAUACAACAACCGGUUAAUCUGCAAAGUAAUUUAUCAAAUGUUGACUUUAAGUCAUUACUAAAACCAGUACUUGGCCCUAAAUCGGACAACCUCCCCGAUUUUGACAAUUUCAAAGCGGCUUUUCACAAAAAGCCCCAAAAACCGAGCUUCGAAAACCGAAAAAUCAUCAAACCCUUCGCCCCCCAACAACUCUCGCGCACAUGUUCGGAAGAACUGCCAAAAACCACGUCCUUUAAGACGGCCAGUAACGAAUUCCAGCUCCAAAACGCCAAAAAAUGGGGCACCGGGGCCCAAAAACCCAGGCUAGGACUUAGCCGUAACGUCAAUAGCAAAUUCGUGCCCCCUUUACGAUCACAUCAACCCCCCGAAGAGCCCAAACCCGAACAAAUCGACGACCGUUUGAAAAACAUCGACCCGAAAAUGGUCGAACUGAUCAAAUCCGAAAUCAUGGACGUGGGGGCCAAAGUGGAAUGGGGCGACAUCGCAGGCCUGGAAUUCGCCAAAACCGCCAUCCAAGAGGCCGUGGUGUGGCCCAUGCUGCGGCCCGAUAUUUUCACGGGGCUGAGGCGCCCCCCGAAGGGCAUCCUCCUGUUCGGGCCGCCCGGCACUGGAAAGACACUGAUCGGGAAAUGUGUGGCGGCGCAAAGCAAGUCGACUUUUUUCAGCAUCAGUGCCUCCUCUCUGACUUCGAAAUGGAUCGGUGAUGGGGAGAAAAUGGUGAGGGCGCUGUUUGCGGUCGCCAGGUGCCACCAACCCGCUGUUAUUUUUAUCGAUGAGAUUGAUUCGUUGUUGUGCCAACGCAAUGAAACUGAACAUGAGAGUUCACGGAGAAUUAAAACCGAGUUUUUGGUGCAGUUAGAUGGCGCCACUACGGAUAGUGAGGAACGGUUGUUGGUGAUUGGGGCCACCAAUCGCCCCCAGGAGCUGGACGAGGCGGCGAGGAGGAGGUUUGUGAAGAGGCUGUACAUACCCUUGCCCGAAUAUGAGGCUCGUUUACAGUUGGUGACUGGAUUAAUUGCGAAUGAAAGACACGAUUUGGAUAGUGAUGACCUUGCAAAAGUGGCCCAAUUAUCAGAGGGGUACUCAGGGGCUGAUAUAAGAAGUUUGUGCUCCGAGGCGUCCCUGGGGCCCAUUAGGUCGAUCGACAUGAGUAUGAUUGCGAAAAUUCAAGCGCAUGAGGUACGGCCGUUGACAAUGGACGAUUUCCACAAAGCUUUCACCAGAGUUAGGUCGAGUGUUUCCCCUAAGGAUUUGGAACAAUACGUUAUUUGGGAUAAAACUUAUGGCUCAGGAUUAUAAAGUGAAGGAUGUAAUUAUGUGAUUUAAUAAAGUAAUCAGUGAUUAGA